ACCUUACCCAUCGCGAUCGGCCCCAUUCCUUUCUUCUUCUCUCUUCCUCCUCGACGAAGGGAAAAAGGUGUCGUUCUGAGAGAAAGGAAUCCUUACGUUCCGAUCCGAUUCCUCGGAGCAAAUCAAUCCCCCCUCUUCAGGUAAAGGAGUCGAUCUCUGCUGCUCCAUCUUCUUCCUCAUCGAUCUAUUUCUUGCGGCGAGAAGGUGGGGCAUCGUUGAAUCCUUCCAUUUUGCCGCGAUUCCUUGACGCCCUAGAUAGGCGGGGAAGGUUCGAUUGCAAGGGUGGGCUUUGAUCGAAGAAAAUGAGCCUUCCUGCCUGAAAAGGGGACAAAAGAUCUCGCCUUGUUUCCUCUUCCUUUUGUCUCUUAGUGGCAAAAGAGGGCUUCUUGCUGUUACCCCAUUCAGAGGAAAGAAGAUGUCGGCCGCUGCCAGUGUCGUCCUCAGCCCCAUCAGGGAAGACUCGGCCCUCUCCCCGGUCCGCUUCGAUGGAGCUCUGUCUUCCCAUUGCCCGCCGGAAUCCAUCCUGAUCUACCUCGCCUUGCCUGGGUCCCCGGUUACCCCAUUGCGGGUGUCGGAGUCCGACUCCAUCGCCUCCGUGAAGCUCAGGAUACAGAUCCAUAAGGGUUUCAUGGUGAGUAAGCAGAAGCUGGUGUUCGAUGGCCGGGAGUUGGCCCGUAACAGUAGCCUUGUCAGGGAGUACGGGGUUACUGAUGGGAAAGUCCUGCACCUGGUCAUCCGGCUCUCCGACAUUCGCUCCAUCACCGUCAAAACCGCCUGCGGGAAGAAGUACGAGUUCCAAGUCGAGCGGAGCCGGAACAUUGGGUACAUCAAGCAGCAGCUCACGAAAAGGGGCGAGAACUUCCGUGAUCUCGAGGAUCGUAAACUCAUAUGUGAUGGGGAAGAGCUCGAUGACCAGCAGGUGAUCAAUGAUAUCUGCAAGGACAACGAUGCUGUGCUCCAUUUUCUGAUCGGCAAUUCGGCGAAAGUUAGGCCAAAACCUGUAGGGAAGGACUUCGAACUGUCAAUAAUUGCUGCAGUUGCAAAGGAGGAGAUAGAAGCACCAGAUAGAGAUGCCCUAAUUGAGCCAGUUAUCGUUAACCCAAAGGUUAACUUGUCCCCAUUGAUCAUGAACAUGAUCCAGUCUGUAUCUUCUGGCUUGGAGAGGGGAAAUCCACCGGUCAUGUCCUCAGAAGGCUCAGGUGGAGCAUACUUCAUGCAGGAUGUCGAAGGCCACAAGUAUGUUGCUGUGUUCAAGCCAAUUGACGAGGAGCCAAUGGCUGAAAACAACCCUCGCGGGCUUCCCUUGUCAAAAGAUGGUGAAGGGCUGAAGAAGGGAACAAGGGUUGGAGAGGGUGCAUUCAGGGAGGUUGCAGCCUACAUCCUUGAUCACCCAGUCGGUGGCCGCCGCUUAUCCGAUGAAAUUGGGUUUGCAGGUGUUCCUCCGACGGCCAUGGUGCGGUGCUCGAAUGGAGGAUUUCAUCAUCCUGAAGGAAGUGGACGUAUGGUGAAGAAUUGCAAGAUUGGAUCAUUGCAGAUGUUUGUAAAGAACUAUGGGAGCUGCGAGGAUAUGGGGCCUCGAGCAUUACCAGUGGAGGAAGUUCACAAGAUCUGUGUUUUGGAUAUAAGACUGGCUAAUGCUGACCGCCAUGCUGGGAAUAUAUUGAUCUGCAAGGAGGCAGGGCAGACUCUGCUGGUUCCAAUUGAUCAUGGAUAUUGCUUGCCUGAAAAUUUUGAAGAUUGUACCUUUGAGUGGCUCUAUUGGCCCCAAGCCCGGCAGCCUUUCAAAGAUGAGGUUAUAGACUACAUAAAAUCAUUAGACGCCGAGGAAGAUAUUGCGCUCCUCAAGUUCCAUGGUUGGGAGCUGUCACCGGAGUGUGCUCGCACUCUUCACGUUUCAACCAUGCUUCUGAAGAAGGGAGUCGAAAGAGGUCUCACUCCCUAUGACAUCGGAAGCAUCAUGUGCAGGGAGACGCUCAGGAAGGAAUCGAAGAUCGAGGAGAUACUCCGUGAAGCUAACGAAACCAUUCUCCCUGGCACUAGCGAGACUGCUUUCCUGGAAUCUGUUUCAGAAAUCAUGGAUCAUCACCUCGACAAACCAACUCUUCCCAUAGACCGGCUUCUGAUGGUUCCAAAUCUGUAAGAAAUGUAUUUUUACCCGGUGGAUGAACUGCAGAGUUAUCAUCUUUGUUUGUUCUGUUAAUAUGUCAUUUAUUCCUCCUCAUUUUGGUAUUCGCCUUGUAUCUGGUUUUAUUAUUUGUUAAUAUGAAUCGAGACAAAAAAAAAAAUCGUUCUAAAAUGAA